UAAACUGAUUCACAAUUCUGUUGACAAACAGCACUUCACUCCACUUCGACAGAUCUUACCGACCAUGCUUCGUUCCAUUCCGCGCUCAUUUGCCUCUAUCAGCAAGCCCUCCGCUUUUGCUGGCCUUCGUUAUAAGCACACUCUGCCUGCUCUUCCUUAUGCUUAUGAGGCUUUGGAGCCCCAUAUUAGCGGUGAAAUUAUGAAGAUCCACCACUCUAAGCACCACCAAACUUAUAUCAAUGCUUUGAACGCUGCUGAGGAGAAGCUCGGAUCGGCCUAUCAGGCCAAUGAUGUCAACGAUGAGAUCGCCAUCCAGUCUGCUAUCAAGUUCAAUGGUGGUGGCCAUCUCAACCAUACUCUCUUCUGGGAGAACUUGGCCCCCAAGUCGAGCGGUGGCGGAGAGAAGCCCACCGGUGAGCUUCUUAAAGAGAUCGAGAAGACCUGGGGCUCUCUUGACAAUUUCAUUCAGAAGUUCAACGCCCAGACCGCUGCUGUCCAGGGAUCUGGCUGGGGUUGGUUGGGCUAUAACAAGGAGUUCAAACGACUCGAGAUUGCUACAACUGCCAACCAGGACCCCCUCAAAGCUACCACUGGCCUCAUUCCUUUGUUAGGUAUUGAUGUUUGGGAGCAUGCUUAUUACCUUCAGUACAAGAACGUGCGUCCUGAUUACCUUAAGGCCAUUUGGGAGGUUAUCAACUGGAAGACCGUUGCUGAUCGCUUCAACAAGAGCCUCUAAGGGACAUGAGGGAACUUUUUUU